GAUGGAAAUCUCUAUCGCCCCGCUAACUGUUACUCUCCCACCGCCCCACGCUUUAGGAUUAGGAUUGCUGAGCAAGUUUGAGAUGUUUUUGACCAAAUCUUUCAGGCACUCUCGACGUUAGACAGCAGUGUGCUGUGGCUGAGCUCCCGCUCUCUCUCCGUCUGCAGCUCCUCUUUACAGACCGUACAGGCGCGCUCUCCGCAGCCGAGCCAGCCAGUUAGCUUCCAUACUCAAAAUGGCGGACAACGAAGAGGAGAGCAGUAACUCGGGCAGCGCUGCUGGAGCAGGAGCAGGAGCAGGGGGGGCAGGGGGCGAUGCCCUCGGUGGGACCCAGUCGCAGGUUCUUCUGUCGGCCAGGACUGGAGCGGCCGCUGUGGAUGAAAACCGCGGCGGCGUUACGGUGUGCAGCACGACCGUUAGCGGCGCGGGGGACGCUGAGCGAGGCCUGCCCCAGCAGGGACACGGUGGGUCGGGUGCUGAGACCACAGAGGUGGACGGCGGGGGCUGUCAGGAGGUCCUCGGCCACAUUUUGGGAACUGAGGUUUUGACGUCUUAUGUACAGACGUCCGACAGUGUGGAGGGAGCCGUGGCCGCGGAAUGCACCACCGUGAGCAGCGACUUUUUAAACGCUCUGGCUCCCGCCACCACCAUCAUUUACCUUCAGCCCGACGGCAGCUUCGUGGAGAGCUCGGGGCUGUCCGCCGAGGAGCAGCAGCAGCUCUUCGAGCAGCUGUCGAAGCAGCAGCUGGUCCAGCUCACGGGCAGCGAAGCGGCUCGUAUCUUCGAGCAGCCCCAGACCUCCAAACCUCCCGCCGCCGCCGCCCCCUCUCCCGCUCCUUCUUCCACCGUGAAAACCGGGACUAUAGCAAAUGUGGACGUGCAACAGGUUAUAGAGCACGUUAACAAGUCCCAAGUGAUCGCUCAAGCAGAAGCAGCCCGUGCUCACACGACAGCAGCGCCCAAAACAGUGCAGAGGACUGUCGCGGCUCAGCCCACCUCAUACAUAACGCUCGAACCGGGGAACCUGAUUUCGGGGGGCCAGCUGACCGCAACUAUUCAGCCGCAGCCCUUCACCAUCGUCCAGAAUGCAGCCCAGCAGCUGCAGAGCGCCGCCAAGCAGGUCGCCCUACAGCAGUCGCAAAAUGGAGCCCACCCGCUCCAGCCAAAGCCUGCUGAACCCAUCCACAUUCAAGUACAGGCCCCACCGAAACAGGAGAUUAAGCAACGGCAGGCUGCUCCCAUCACAAUCCUGCGCCACAAAGUUUGCCAGUAAGCCAGCCUCUGGUGAAGGUUUCCACUGUGGGAACGGUCAGCACUCCUCAAAUCAUCCACAUUACCCCUGUGCCUGGACAGCAGCAGUAUUUUUUACAGAAUCCAGGAGAGCCCCCCAUUCAACUUCUCCUUCAGAAGCCAGCUCCAGUGGUUAGCAGCAUUUCU